AUGCAGAACUCAAGCCUCUUUCAUCGGGGCACAGACUUCCUUUUACUCCUUCCUUUUGCACUCUCGCCGCCUCCUCCCGGGGAGAAGCGGAGGCACCAGCGGCCCGGGGGAGCGACACACCGGGCCACUGAGGCCACGCGAAAAGCUUCUUUCUGGGAGUACGGAGCUGGGGCCCGGUUGGUGUACUGCUCGGAGCAAUGGGUGAGUGGCGGCGGGGGACGCUGUCCCAAGGCGGGGCGCUGGGGAUCAAGGGGGAGCGGCACAAGGACUUUAGCGCCGAGUAGGCGAGAAGGAGCCGCUUGCAGGCGUCGAGACCGAUUUCCCCGCCUGCUUCGGAGACUUUUGAGCACUCGGAGAGGCCCUGCGUCUCACCACUACAUUUGUCUGCCGAGUGGCAAGCGCUUGUCCCAAACUGCGGAUGCGCGUCCCCGCGCGCCAUGUGUUCGUUUUGCAGAGCCAGCCUUCGGGGAGGUGAACCAGCUGGGAGGAGUAUUCGUGAACGGGAGGCCGCUGCCCAACGCCAUUCGGCUUCGCAUAGUGGAGCUGGCCCAACUGGGCAUCCGACCGUGUGACAUCAGCCGCCAGCUACGGGUCUCGCACGGCUGCGUCAGCAAGAUCCUGGCGCGCUACAAUGAGACAGGCUCGAUCUUGCCAGGGGCCAUUGGGGGCAGCAAGCCUCGGGUCACCACCCCCACUGUGGUUAAGCACAUCCGGACCUACAAGCAGAGGGACCCCGGCAUCUUCGCCUGGGAGAUACGGGACCGCCUACUGGCGGACGGCGUGUGUGACAAGUACAACGUGCCCUCGGUGAGCUCUAUCAGCCGCAUCCUGCGCAACAAGAUCGGCAACUUGGCCCAACAGGGCCAUUACGACUCAUACAAGCAGCACCAACCGGCGCCGCAGCCGGCGCUGCCCUAUAACCACAUCUACUCGUACCCCAGCCCCAUCACGGCGGCCGCGGCUAAGGUGCCCACGCCGCCCGGCGUGCCCGCCAUCCCCGGCUCAGUGGCCAUGCCGCGCACCUGGCCCUCCUCCCACUCCGUCACCGACAUCCUGGGCAUUCGCUCCAUCACCGACCAAGGAGUGAGCGACAGCUCCCCCUACCACAGUCCCAAGGUGGAGGAGUGGAGCAGCCUGGGCCGCAGCAACUUCCCCGCCGCCGCCCCGCACGCGGUGAACGGGCUGGAGAAGGGGGCCUUGGAGCAGGAAGCCAAGUACGCUCAGGCACCAAAUGGUCUCCCAGCUGUAAGCAGUUUUGUGUCAGCAUCCAGCAUGGCUCCUUAUCCUACCCCAGCCCAAGUGUCGCCUUACAUGACCUACAGCGCUGCUCCUUCUGGUUAUGUUGCUGGACACGGGUGGCAACAUGCCAGUGGCACCCCACUUUCCCCCCACAACUGUGACAUUCCCGCGUCGCUGGCGUUCAAGGGAAUGCAGGCAGCCCGAGAAGGUAGCCACUCUGUCACGGCUUCCGCACUCUGAUGGGAGAUUCCGUCUGCCGCAGCUUCACCCGAGUCCCGCCCCCCCCCCCCCCCCACUCAGCACACCCUCCCCUUCUUCCCUGGUCUCGGAUCCCACCCCUCUGCCCUCCGACCCUCCUGCCUCGAAAGCUGGCUUUACGGACUCACAUCCUCUGUGCUGAUGACACUUAAAUAUCUCUUACCAUAACUUCUCUCUCACAGAACACCUGACAUGACUGUAGGAGUUAAAAACAAAAGCAAUGUUAAGGACUGAACGAGACGUUUGUGUUGGCCACACACUGUUUUAACAUAGUGAAGAAACCUGCACCCCUCAAAGGGCUUAAGGAACUUUUAAAACUAGUCUUUGGUAAAACCACAUGUGUAUAUUUAUUCUAAAUCAACCUGAACUUCUGAAACGUGCAAUUGUUGAGAUUUUGCAAAAUCAAUAAAAUAGGUAUAGAAAAAGUUAUGCUACACCCUCUAAUCAAAUAAGGUAACAAAAUAAUCCUUAAUUCAUCAUUAGGAAACCAAUCAAUAAUUGACUUGAGUGAUCCGUUGUUUAUUUUUAACAGAUGGCAUAUUUUGUUGGAAAAUAUAUGUAUAACUUAAGCAAUAUCUGAAUUUAGCUCCUCCUGGUGUUUUGACUUGGUUCCAAAUACAAUAAUGUUUAUACUUUCUAUUAGUUUGUAAAUAUGGACUCUGGUGCAUUUGUGUUUUCAUUGCAUGGGAUAGGCCCCUCCCCUGCCCCCACCCCUCUCUAUUUUUUUCCUUUCUUUUUGCAAAGGUGACUUUCCGGCAAUGUCUUUGUCUCUGUUUGGUGGUGGGCUGCUCAGGCUCCUGGACCUGGACUUGCCCCAGAUUUUGUGUGUGCAGUGAAGGCUUCGACAUCUCAUGAAGGACAUUUUCUUUCUACAACAGAGGACUCAAAACACAGAUAAAACAAGCCAGUCUCCCAUUUUGUAUCCCAAUCAAACAACACACAUGCCAAGCAUAUAAAGACAAGAGGGUGGAAAAUAUCUGAACAAGGCUCUACAGGAAGUCACUUAGAAACUUAAGUUUAAUGUGAAAUGCUUUGCAAAGACACUUAAAAUGAACUUUAUGUUAAGAAAACCACUGUGAAACUAAAUUGUACUGUUAUUGUUGGCUUACCUGUGUGUUCAGCAGUCUCAGCCCAAAAUUACGUUGUAAUUUAAAGACAAUGGAAAAUUCUGCUCUAAUGAAUGUAAAAAUGGCUUGCUGUGAAGUUUACAUUGUUGUACAGAAGCAUGUUUCACGUGUAGGUAAACUGGUGGUGGUAUUAGAAAUACAAAUGCUAUUUAAUUUUUAAAAAUUCCCUUUAUUCAUUUCUGGAGUUACAGGACACAGUUUAACUGAU